ACGCAGGUUAGUGAAUUCAUUUGUUUAAAAUAUUUAAGUUAAACUUUAUAAAAUUAGUACAAUUUUAGUGUAAAUCCUUAGAAGAUCAAUCCAAAAUGGCGUUGUCGAAGACCGGCUAUUAUGACAAACCUGAGGGUCAAGAUUGUUUUGGCAAAAUGAUGGCCACCAACACUUAUGCAGCCACUGCCGGUUUGGCCUGGUCCACCGUCGAUGUCUUGAUGUUGUCCCAUCCCAAAGGCUAUUUGCCAACUUUGGCUCGUUUUGCCUAUAACACCGGUCCCAUGAUGGGCAUGGCCUCAGCAUUCACAUUGACCACCUAUAUGGCAACAAAUUUCAGAGGAAAAGAUGAUAGAUUCAACUACUUCCUUGGUGGCUUUGCUGCUGGUGGUGUCUAUGGUGCCUGGAGACGUAGCCAUGUUGCUGGUCUUGUUAUGGGCUUGUUCUUCGGUUUGGCCGGUGUCAUUAAGAAGACCUCCAUACAAGAGGGAUGGGAAUUCUUCCCUCCCCUUAAUCAUCAUGCCCAUAUGGGUUCCACGGACAAAGAUUUUACUUUAAUGGCUGAUCGUCCCAAAAACUGGACCACCGGUCAAUAAGAUAACUGUUUUUGUUUUUAGUAAAUAGUCAAAUAUUAAAAGAAGAAAGAAAAAUUAAAAC